AUGUCGGAACUCACCACGAUCUUUCACGGAGUGCUCGUGUUUAUUUUGUUUGCGGUGUAUCUACAGUGGUUGAUGAAGCGAUGGCAGCUGAGCCAGAUAUUCGAAAAAAUACCGGGCCCGAAAGCUUACCCAAUAGUUGGGACGAUGUACUCAUUUUUCGGCAAAAAGCGACAUGAGAUUUUCUAUCUUCUGGAUGAAAGAACUCGCACCUACCCCAACAUUCAUCGCGUUUGGACGGGCAUGACUCCUGAGGUGCGCAUCAGUAAGCCCGAGUAUGUCGAGCAGGUUAUCGGUUCCAACAAACACAUCGAAAAGGCCACCAUGUAUCGCUUCCUGCACGAUUGGCUCGGAAAUGGAUUGCUCACCUCCAAAGGUGAGCGUUGGCAUCAGCACCGUAAGCUCAUCACACCGACCUUCCACUUUAACAUCCUCGACGGGUUCUGUGACGUGUUCGCGGAGAACAGCCAGGAGCUUGUGGAACACUUGCAACCGCACGCCGAUACCGGCAAACCGGUCAACAUGUAUCCGUUUAUCACGAAGGCGGCACUGGACAUCAUUUGCGAAACCGCCAUGGGUGUAAAGGUAAAUGCUCAGAGCGAAGGUGAAGAGAACGACUACGUCAAAGCAGUCUGCGAGCUUAGCAGACUGUUUGUUGAGCGUAUGGUUCGUCCCUGGUUGCACUUGGACUUUAUUUGGCAACGAUCUCGGUUUGCUGCACGCUACACGAAUGCACUGGAUACUGUUCAUACCUAUUCGCGGGAGGUAAUUCGGGACCGGAAAGCAGCUUUAGAAUCGUCCCAGAAAAAUGUCAAUCCCGAACCGAACGAUGGCGAAACAUUUGGUGCCAGAAAGCGAAUGGCGUUCCUUGAUCUGCUGCUGCAAGCAAACCAGGCGCACACCAUCAUGAAUGACGAGGACGUUCGUGAAGAAGUGGACACAUUCAUGUUCGAGGGACACGACACAACGACAGCUGGCAUCAGCUGGGUGUUGUUUCUGCUAGCCCUUCAUCCGGACGUUCAGGAACGUGUGUACGAGGAAAUUGAGUCGAUUUUUCCGACCGGUGACAACCGCCCAGCCACGAUGCAGGACCUGAACGAGCUGAAGCUGCUGGAACGGUGCAUCAAGGAGGCACUGCGGCUGUAUCCGUCCGUGUCCUUUUUCGGUCGAACGCUCAGCGAGGACAUCCAGCUCGGAGGAUACCAUGUGCCGGCCCAAACCAUCGUGGGAAUUCAUGCGUACCAUGUGCAUCGGGAUGAAAGGUACUACCCUGAGCCGGAGAAGUUCAAUCCGGACCGGUUCCUGCCGGAAAACACGGAAAACCGUCACCCGUACGCGUACAUCCCGUUCAGUGCUGGGCCAAGAAAUUGCAUCGGCCAAAAGUUUGCACUGCUGGAGGAGAAAAGCAUUGUGUCGACCGUAUUGCGUCGCUUCCGGAUGAGAUCGGUGCGAACACGCGAGGAACAAAAGAUCAUGCACGAACUCAUCACGCGUCCAAAGGAUGGCAUUCUGCUGUAUCUGGAAACCCGUAAACAGGGGUAA